AUGCCGCGCCUCUUCGCGCACCGCGCUAGUCGACUGAGCGACUCUGCUCGCGCGCUCGGCGGAACCGCCGCACCCACCACGCCCCACUCCGCUCCGCCCCUCCCCCCGCGCCGCGUCACGGCGACGCUGUCGAGGCCCGCGCUAUCGAGCGCCCGCCGGAAGUGGGUGCCGUGUCCGCCGGAAGCGCCCGCGAGCGCGGUGGCUGGCUUGGACUGCGCGGUGCCCGCGGGUCACCUUGAAAGAGCAGCUGUUCCCAUUCGCUGGGCAUAA